AUGGGUUUUCGAUUAUUAAUUAUUACAUGCCUUAUAAUCGCAGUUAGCACACUCCCGUCGGACUCAGAGCAAAGACCCAAGCGUGAUGUUAUGGAAAGCAUGAAACAUGCCUGGGACGAAGUGGUGAAAACCUUCAACGAUGCUGGCGAUGCUGUGGUCCAUGUCUUCAAACCCACUGAGAAGAGCGUUCUUGACAAAAUGGCUGACGGUAUUAAAGGGAUAACGAAAUAG